AUGCAAAGAGCCGCGGCUGCAUCUCCCACGACGUCUGCGGCAGCGUCCUCUACUACUCACACUCCGGCCACGGAACCGUCAUCUAAGCGACGUCGAGUCGAAAGCACUACUUCUUCCCCAGUGACCUCUAUUCCAGGGACACCCAUGAACGAAUUGCCCAAUGGACUUGCCUCUCCAACUAUGGCACGAGGUGGAGUCAGUACGUUCAGGCGCGAGGAGGCAGAUACAGAAUGGGUCCUUGACGUGAAAGUGCAGGUACCACAAUAUAAGGGAUCAGAUUCGGCCAGAAAGACCAAUCGCGAUGGCAAUACCGCCCUCAAUAGGUUCAACGCCUUGGGGGACCAACAUGAAGAGGGAGAAGCCAGCUCAUCCGAAGACGAUAUUUGGACCGCCGCUCAACCCAGCGGGCGCCAGACUUUUGGCACGUUCCGGAAGCGGAAAUCGAGGAUUGCAACCCCAUCAGAUCGGAUCCAAGCGGAUGGUGACGAAGAUCUGAGCUCUGCCUCUGACGCUGAUGACCAUUCUGAAUCUGAUGAUGAAUCCGGAUCAGAUCGCUCCUCAGACUCUCACACGGCGCGUGGUCAUCAAACCCCAACAAGUCAUGGCAAACGUCGGUCGCAUCAGCCAAAGGACGUCAACUCUGACGAAGAAAUGCGGCAAGUCCGCCAGGCGAUCGAGCAAAAGCACCGUAACAUGCGAGGCACUGCGAUGGACCACCCGAAAGCCAAGCAGGGGAAUAAGAGGAAAGGAAGAGAACAGGGAAGCUACAAGAAAAGGAAGAAAGCCAGAAAGACAAUCUGA